AUGAGGCUCCCCGUGCUCCUGGCUGCCCUGGUGGCAGUGGCCACCUGCACCGAGACCUUCUUUGGGCACCAGGUGCUGCGUGUCGUCCCCCAGAGCGAUGAGGAGCUGCAGAAGGUGCAGGAGCUGCAGGACCUGGAGCAUCUGCAGCUGGAUUUCUGGCUGGCUCCCCGCAAGCUCGGCCUGCCCGUGGACAUCCGCGUGCCCUUCCGCAGCCUGCAGGCCGUCAAGGCCCACCUGGAGGCCUCUGGGCUCUCCUAUUCCAUCAUGAUCGAGGAUGUGCAGAUCUACAACUUCAUGGACAUGCUGGUGGCCGAGAACCCCAACCUGGUGAGCAAGCUGGAGAUUGGCCGCUCGACCGAGAACCGUCCCCUCUACGUGCUCAAGUUCAGCACAGGGGGCACGAACCGCCCGGCCAUCUGGAUCGACACCGGCAUCCACUCCCGCGAGUGGGUGACACAGGCCAGCGGCGUCUGGUUUGCCAAGAAGAUUGUCGAGGAUCACGCGAAUAACGAAGGAGUGGCCUCCAUCCUGGAGACAAUGGACAUCUUCCUGGAGAUUGUCACCAACCCAGAUGGCUUUGCCUACACCCACACCACGGACCGCAUGUGGCGCAAGACCAGGUCCAAGCACGCGGGCGCCAUCUGUGUCGGAGUGGAUCCCAACCGCAACUGGGACGCCGGUUUUGGAGAUGCCGGAGCCAGCUCAAGCUCCUGCUCGGAGACGUACCACGGACCCUACCCCAACUCGGAGCCCGAGGUGAAAUCCAUCGUGGACUUUGUGAAGAGCCAUGGCAACAUCAAGGCUUUCGUCUCCAUCCACAGCUAUUCCCAGCUCCUGCUCUACCCCUACGGCUACACCGAGACCCCGGCACCAGAUGAGCAGGAACUGCACGAGGUUUCUGCCAAGGCUGUGGCAGCUCUGUCCUCCCUGUAUGGCACCAAGUUCACCUACGGCAGCAUCAUCACCACCAUCUACAGAGCCAGUGGAUCGACCGUGGACUGGACCUACAACCAGGGGAUCAAAUAUUCCUUCACCUUCGAGCUGCGGGACACGGGGCGCUACGGGUUCCUGCUGCCCGCCAAGCAGAUCAUCCCCACCGCCCAGGAGACCUGGCUGGCGCUGAAGGUCAUCAUGGAGCACGCCAGGGACAACAUGUACUGA